GUAAACAUUCGGUGAGUCGAACCAAGAACGGCAGAGUUAAUGUAGAUGUACGAUAGCGCCGAACGAUAAUAUCACUUUUGAGAGCAAUUUUAUCUAAUCAGCGUCGCGUAUAAACAAUGAAUCUCUUAGUAGUACAAUUAUUCUGCAGUGAUUUUCGAUAUGCGCUGGCCAAGCAGUACCGCAAAAUGAAGUUUGCUCCCAACGAGCACGUGCUGAGGGUGGCGUUGUUGGUGUUCAGCAUUUGUUUCGGGGUAUUGAGCGUUUGUCUGAUUGCUUUGGGCGUAGUUUACGUAGAUGAACUGGGAUGGCCAAGACGGUAUAUUGGCUUAGAUUUCUUGGAACUUCCAACUUUGGUCAUCAUACUAGGCGGUCUGAGUUUGGUACUAGCCGUAGUGGGAUGCAUUUGCGCCAAAAGCUACAGUAAACCUUUCUAUGUUUUUUUUGGCCUCACGUUAUGCGUCGUUCUCUGCCUGGAACUGACUAUUGGUGUCAUCGCUUUCAAAAACUCCGGUGAAAGCAGACGUAAUCAGACGCAAAUCCUUAUGGAAAUCCAAUACAAGAACAGCAGCUUCCACGAUUUCUUUAGGAGUAUAGAAGAACAUUACCACUGCUGCGGAGUUACAGGGGAUGAAUAUGAGUGCGUAAAAGACAAUAUGAACAUCAUUGGUUGUGCAAGAAAAAUUAGUGAAAAACUAGACAGCGCCUCUUUUAGGAUCGGAUAUACAGCGGUAUUUCUAUUGUUUCUACAGGUAUUGGAAAUUGGAUGUGUCUUUUCCAUAUGCUUCUUAAUGAAUAUGUAAAACUAAGAAAAACUUCUAGCGGACACCUUGUAUUAUUUUUACGUUUAAGAAAUAAUGUGCACAAGAAAUGUAAAUGUUUGCAUAUGUAUCAUUUAUAAUUACAUUUGUUUUUAUGGUU